AGUCCUCAUUUCACCUCGUCCGGAUUCAGCAAUGUUCGCAACUCUACCGCUCAUGGACUUGUUGAGGCUGUAAAGCCUAAAACCAUUAUCGGACAGACCUUACCCUUUUCACGACUUGACCCUCUAACUAUCCUUAGAUUCACGCAAAGAUGUCCUGGUUCUCCUCGUGGCUUCCCAGUCUACCAUCUAUUAGUUCCUUCGCCGUUCCAUCCAGCAUACAACGCCGAUUCAUAUCCUUCGUCCUUAAACGCUCCCUAGGACAUCUACUCAAACCUGGACAGCUGGAUGUUGAGCAGAUAGACUCUCAGAUUGGGUCUGGAUAUGUGCAGGUCAAUGAUCUUCAGCUCGAUAACAAUGCAAUUAACAGUAUUGUAUCACAAACUGGCUUGCCGCUUGAGCUUGUAGAUAGCUCUUUAGCUUCUGUUACAGCUCGUAUUCCCUGGCCUAAUCCACUCACUUCGACCCUUGGCUUCUCUCUUUCCUCCCUUCAUGUCACAUUACGCGUCAUUCCCGUACAAGAGUCAACAAACCAUGCUGAUAUUAAUCUUUCAGAAUCUGUCGCAUCCUAUGCUGAAUCCUUCAUUCAGGAUGAACUGACGCCUCGAGAAGAGGCUAACCUGCGAAAGUCUUUUCGUUAUGAUCCUUCGGCUUCUUUACACCAUGAACCCGACGACGAAAACGUGCCAGGGGGUCUCAAUCCCUUUAGGGAUCUUUCGGAGGAGGAAGAAUUGGCCGACAUGGAUCCCGAUGGGGUCUCUCUGUUCGCCACUUUGAUUGAACGUCUUCUGGCUAAAUUCGAAUUCGACGCGACCGACACGAAAGUAACCAUUCUUCACCCUCAGUCGAGUAGGUUGUCACUUUCCAUUGCAGACAUUAACUAUCGCACGGAAGCUCCUUCAAAUGCAAAUAUCACAGAUGGUUUCGAAUGCGCCGGCGAAUCACGCACUGUAUCCAUUUCUGGUAUCACUCUAAGCGGCUGUGACCUGCGCCCUCAUUCUGCUGUUCCCUUGUCGCCAGAUCGUCUAUCCUUUGAAGGAACGCCAUCUUAUUCGCUUACUCCGCGCUCACCUUCACCUUCAUCUUCCUCGUCGUCAUCAUCUAUGGAUGAACAAGUUCAAUGGGCAAUGUCUCAAUCUCUUGCGUUCCUACCCCCCCGCCCCGGCUCUCCUGCUAGUUCUGUUGCGAGCAGUAUAUAUCAAAGCGCUAUCUCUGGGCAUGCGUCAUAUGCUGAGCAUACAGGCAGAAUAGAGGAGUCCUUGUCUUCUCCAGCUUCGGCCUCUAAACAUGACCUUGAUCACGUUAAAGAAGCCGACGAUGAGGUAUUCCUGUCCUUUGGAGUAGAUCCUAUUAUCAUCAAGCUGACUACGCCAUCCCUACGUGGUCGGACACCCUCGCAAACGGUUCUAGAGGAACUGCAUAUAUCUAUGGACAUAGGGAUUAUCAGUUGUGCUCUUCGUCCUUGGCAUGUACCGAGUGUCGUACGAUUGGUAGACGCCAUCAUGCCUAGUCGUGUUUCCCUUACCCCGAAACCCUCAAAUGCGUCUACUUCGCCAUUUAGCCUCGGAACAGACAAAAGAUUAUCCCUAAACGUCAAGGCUGUGGUUGUAUUAUUGCUUGCAUCCUCGAGUAAUGGUGCCUCGUCUUCGUUUUCCCUCGGAGGUUACUUUUCUCGUCCGCGUGUACCCCCUUCCCUAUCCGAAGGAUAUCUUCGCCUUUUUUUGGAUAACCUCUCAGCCACCGCUUCAAACGUUACGAUGAACUCAAAGGCUCCUCAACCAGAUUCGGGUUCUGGUUCUCAAACGUCCACUCUCACCUUUUCCCUCUCGCUAAACGAGAUAUCUGUAUUCGCAUCGCGUCUCUCAAGCAAUAAUAACGAGGCGGAAGUAUUGGCCUUUCCGCUCAUGAUAACCGACCCUCUAUUACCCUCUCAACAUAUUUCCGAACACAAACAUCCGGAUCCGUCUUCGGAGUUUCCUAUACUUCUCGACUUUGAUGUCAUGGACUGGACAACGGAAGCGGCAUGCAAGCAUGGAAUGAAGCCCUCUGCAUGGCGGACGAAACAGAAACAAAACAAGGCGUCCCAUUCCUCUCAUGCUCCGCCUCCAGGGACUGAUCGAGACAGUCUUAUCCCAGUGUUGACGGUGAAGGGCGAGCGGCAGUCCCUUGAGAAACCGCUGCACAAAGGCAAAUUAUUGAAGAACGACAUAAGAGCUGAAUUUUCUCCUCUUCAGUUUUUCGUUGAUUUGCGGCAUCUGUUCGGAGCAACUAAUAUAAACUCUUAUGUGGACGAGUUGAUGAGUGCUUUGAAGUCUCCUGGUGCGACUCAAUUAGAGACUGAGAUGAACGGUUCGGGUAGUGACAAUGAUGGCGAUACACCUCCAGCUACUCCGCGCGUCAACCGCUAUCAUAAUAUCCCAGCGGAGCAUGAGGAAGAGCGGAGGAGUUUGGAAAAACUUGUUUUACAGGAUCUCGAUUUAGACCUUGAUUAUCGGCAAAUACCAACGUCUAAAGAUUUCAAACACAGUGGUGCUGCUAAGCCCGUCACACGUCGCUCGCAGAAGAAAAACACAAAUGUGGUUGUGCAGUUCCCCUUCAUUCGGACAAAUAUCCGAUGCAGCUCGAACUAUAAUCAGCCCUCGCGUUCUGGCGCCGUCGUGGUUGAUAUUCAGGACCUUGCUCUCACAAAUAGGCAAAUUCCAACUUCACGAAGAACUGCUUCAUUUGAAUCUCCAUCUUCCACACGAAGACUGAAACCUGCAGGAAACGUAAUCUUAACGAGCGAGUUUCGAAGGCUGGUCAUUGCUUCGUCUUCAGCAGGAAGUCCGAAGGCUUCCGUCGUGGUGUCAUUGGGACACCUACAAAACGAAGAAGCAAGUGACCGACCCGAAUCCCAGGCAUUGUUACCUCGUUUCGUUCUUUCCCAGUUCUCACAAGCGCUCAAUUCUACUACGAUGAUAACGUUGUCCUUGCCUUCCUUGCUUGUGAGUAUGGAUAAAGAUUCUUUCGAUGCUCUACAAUAUUGGGCAGAUGACGCAUCCCAACUGGUACAAAAGUCAUCUGGAUAUUCUGACAGUGAUGGCGAUACCGAGAAGCCUACCAGCCGUGACAGUAGUCUUAUUGGUAGCCACUAUUUUGCCAAAUCGAACACGAGUAGCGAAGUCACUAGUCUUGCAUCAAAUCCUCGCGAGCUCAAAACAAUCAUCACUGUGCAAGUUUUUGUUGUUGAAACUUUUUGCAGGAUUCACCUUCCAAGGCUUGCGGAACAACCUAUGAAUAUUCGACCAUUCGACAUGAUGGCUUCCGAUAUCGAUGUCUCAAUACAGAUAAGACCAGAAGGCAGGGAUGAAACAACAGCUACUAUAAAACUUAUGAACCUGUUGAUCAAUGACCAUACUGGCCAAGGAACCAUUCACACGUUGCUCUCGCUCACAAAACCUCGAGAUCUGCGACUUCCGCCUCAACCACUUUUGAAGCUAAGAUUUACAUCGGUAAUUUUACCUGAGACAAUAGCGAAAGAGUCCAGAAUACGACUUCAUCUUUGGGGUUUUACCUACCAACUCUUCACAGACGUCAGCUGGAUAUCAGAUAUUACUCUUUUCGCCAACGCGCCUCCAGGAGCUUUUGAGACUGUCGUGCCCAGUGAACGAACGAAGAUCACACUUAGAGUUGUAGAUGGAUCAAUGAAAGUCCUAGCCCCUACCCAUUCUGGAGCAUUAGUUCUUCACAUAGGGGAUCUAGACUUUUCCACCGAUCUCAUUGGAGAAUCCCCUGAACUGGAAUUCAUGCUCAGAAUCCAAACCGCUACAUUGCUCGCCAUUGAUGAUUUGGCUGAAUUUCAUGCGAGCCCUACCUCAUCUGAAGGCUUCUUGUUCUGGAAGAAAUGCGGCUUCGUCUUACUGUCGGAAAUAAUGAACGUCGUGCUUAGUUUCAAAGCUCUCAAAAGCACAACAGCUCCCGAUACACGCGUCGUGAUACAAAACCUAGGUCUGCGGCUACAUUUAUGUGCUGAUACAAUGAGCGCAAUAAGUGUAUUCAUCAGCGAUUUGGUCACGGCCUUGAAUCCCACUUCAGAACAUCAAACUCCCAAACCCAAGAGGAAGCCUAUGGUCAUAUCUGAAGAACAGCAUAACGCAAGGGGUAUAAUGUCUUCUGUUGACAAUUUUGCAUUCAAAAAAUUACCCGAAAUUGGACCUGCCCCAGAUAUGAUUUACGACGACCUACCGAGGAAUCCUGACUAUCUUGAUGAAUCUUUCGGCGCAGCUGGAGGUUUGAGAGAGCUUCGCGAAGAAGACCUGAAUGAUUUUGAUGACGAGGAAGUCAUUCCAACCCCAUCCAGUGAUGAGGAUAUCAACGGUGUUGUUUCAAGACUUGGAGGCGAAACAAUCCGAAUACUUCGACCUGAAGGUCUUCAGCUCGUGGAAUCUCACUUCGAUAGUCUCCCACCAAUAACGGAAAAUAGCCCGACGAAUAUGGGAGACACCACUCUUCACGUGGAAGUCCACAACGCUGAUAUUAAUGUCUUUCUUUAUGAUGGCUAUGAUUGGUCGACUACUCGCAGGACCAUUGAAAACGAGGUCAAAGAAAUGCGUAAACGGCUAGCCAAGAUCAGACAACUUGUCGCCAAAGGCCAGACCCAGCAGUUCGCAGGUGAAGAAACGAGUGCACUCCUCUUCAAUUCAGUAUACAUCGGUCUCAAGGAAGACACGGACGAACUUGAUUCAAAUGCUCUAAUUGCAGCCAUAGAUGAAGAAUUAAAGGAGGAUAUAGAUACAGUGACCGAGAGCUCUUGGCAAUCACUGCCGGUUCCUUCUCAACCUAAAACUUCAGCACCUGCCACUCGGCUGAAUGGCAAGCGUUUGGCGCGCGCAAAGAGUCCUAGCAUUGAAUUUCGGAUUUCUGGAUUGGAUGCCGAUAUCGCUCAAUAUCAUCCCGACGAUCCUCUGGUUUCGCGAGUGUUUGCUACUAUGAAAGACCUCGAAAUUCUUGAUCAUAUUAAAUCUUCUACCUGGAAAAAGUUCUUAACCGCGUUGCGAUCUGACUCUCGUGGUAAUGUGCGUGAAACAGAUUCUAACAUGGUCAAGGUGGAACUUCGCACUGUCCGUCCUGUCGUUAAUGAUCCUUCAGAGGAAGCAAGGUUGAAGGCCAAAAUUCUGCCUCUCCGGCUGCAUGUCGAUCAAGAUGCUUUGGACUUUUUGAAGAAGUUCUUCAGCUUUACCGAUCCUACCAGACCAUCUACGCCUACUGAUCCUGACGGAGGGAUAUAUUUCCAACUGGCAGAGAUAUUUCCUGUCGACUUGAAGUUAGAUUAUAAGCCUCGGAGGGUGGACUAUCGUGCUUUGAAAGAAGGGAAAACCAUAGAACUCAUGAAUUUCUUCCAUUUCGACGGCGCCGAGAUGACUUUGAGGCAUAUCACUUUGUCUGGUAUUACUGGAUGGCCCCGCCUGGGUGAAUUACUCAACGACCUGUGGACACCCGACGUGAAAGCAACCCAAUUGGUCGACGUCAUUUCAGGUGUUGCACCUAUCCGCUCCGUGGUAAAUGUUGGCUCUGGCAUUGCCGACCUUGUUCUACUGCCAAUCGCGCAGUACAAAAAAGAUGGUCGGAUUGUGCGCGGAGUGCAGAAGGGCACGACUGCAUUUGUCAAAUCAACUGCCAUUGAAGCAAUCAAGCUUGGUGCCAAGUUGGCGACAGGUACUCAAGUCAUUCUUGAACAAGCUGAAGGAGUAUUGGGUCCACAAUUCAAGUAUCCCAUAACGACCGAAACACUUCGGUCUCCUAACUUCGGAGAUGACCUUUUGGAUAUUGGGUUUGGGGGUAGUAGUGAUGAAGAAGAGAAUGCUCUUGAUCUUAUUAGUAAGUAUGCUGACCAACCAACAAAUGUCAAAGAGGGAGUGCAAUCAGCAUACAAGAGUCUGCAGAGAAAUCUCAAUUCUGCAGCCCAAACCAUCCUAGCAGUUCCUAUGGAAGUUUACGAACGAUCUGGAAACGAAGGCCCAGUUCGUUCAGUUAUUCGAGCUGUCCCUAUUGCGGUUCUCAAACCCAUGAUCGGGGCUAGUGAAGCUGUGAGCAAAACCCUGCUCGGUCUUCAUAAUACGCUGGAUCCCAAUCUCCGGCACGAGAAUGAUGCAAAAUACAAACAUCGCUAACAUCGGUCCCUUUGCGUUUUAAAGAUUUUUUCGAGUAAUCUAACA